AUUUUAUUAUGUUUUAUUCAGAAAACAAACCGCUUACAAAUACAUAAAUUUGCUUAGCUAAAGUGUAGUUGGUCAAAGCCUAUAGUAUAGUUUCGUUAUGUCCGUCUGUCUGUCUGUCCGAGGUUUUUCUUGGAAGCUAUUGUGACCAUGGAAAUCACUUUUUGAUCACGUGAUCGUCUGGUCUUCUCAUAACGUGAAAGCCAAGCCCUAUAAAUGAUGUAAGCCUUUAUUGCUCAAGGCUGAUUGCUGAUACAUUUGUACGUGAUAAUUCAAUUUACUGCUGUACAUUUUAUUACGCACGUUUCGCGACUUUGAUUGUUUCUUUAAAUUUUAUUGAGUUUUAUGACAAUAUGGCAUUUAAAAGAAUCAUCAAUAUCUUCAAGAUUGCUGAAAACGUGUGAUUAUGAAAUCAAAUUACAACUAAACGGUACGAAUUAUUAUGAGGCAACAAUUUUCAUUUAGGAUUCAAGGACGACCUUUUCAAAUAAGUAAUAAAACAUAAGUUGAGUCAUCUUAAUAUUUUGUGCAGGUACCUACUUAGUUCCUUAGUUUUAAGUACUGCGAGAAUAAACAAACAUGUAUCUUCAUUAUGUCUCAUCUGUAACUAUGCAAGCCAAACAGUCCAAAACAUAUCCUAUAGUUAUCGACAACACUGUGAUAACGAUUAAGAUAAGUACAAUCAAACGUCCCAGCAUCAGAUCUGGUAAACCCGUCAGAAUGUUUAAGUUUUUAUUUUGUUAUGUGCUUCUCAUUGUGCUAAAAUGUGGACAAGCACAAGUGUUGCAGUUUGGGACGUGUCCAGAAGUGAAUCCUGUGGAGUAUUUUGCUUUGGAGAAGUUCCUAGGAACAUGGUACGUAAUCGAGCGGUUCCCAGCCUGGUUUGAGAACGACGGGCACUGCGCGUACAAACGCAUCCAAGUCUGCGGCAGACGGAUCGAGAUUGAGCACGUGUAUGUCAGAGAUGACAUCCAGUAUGUACUGCACGUGAACAGCACUUACAAUCCUGGAGACCAGGCUGUGUUUAGGAUUGAGAAGAAUAAUAUUGACCCAGUGGGAAUCCCCAUAUCAGUGGUAGCGACGGACUACACGAACUAUGCCAUUCUGUACGGGUGUCAAGUGAACAAGCUCAUGAAUAUCAAGUAUACUCUUGCCUGGAUCCUCUCCCGAGAAGCCAGCCUGCCUGCCGCGAUCAUGGAAGCUGCCAGAACCACCCUCAAUGACAUCCCGUACACCAGCCCUGGAUACUUGGAGAAGGUGUACCAUGACCCUUAUCAGUGCGCGAGUCAGUGGACAGCGCACGUGCAUGCUGUCAAUUUGACUGAUGCUGGCGAUUAUUAGGUUCAAUAAAUUAUAGUUUUUAUUAUAA